CAGGAGUCCGUCAGUAUGCGCCGACCGCUCGGCGCGUCGUAACGUAUGACGGGAAAACUGCGCUUGUUUUUACAAUAUUAAUAAGAAAAUUAGUUAAUCGUACGUGUUAUAUGGCAUCGGAUCGGUGAAAUUGGAUUAUUGUGAAACUUUGUGAGGAGAAAAAGGAGAAAAACACGCCAAAAUGUACGGAUUCGUGAACUAUGCUCUCGAGCUGCUCGUGAUGAAGACGUUUGGACAAGCGACGUGGGAGGAAAUCAAAAGAAAAGCCGAUGUUGCGAUGGAGGGCAGUUUCCUGGUGCGGCAGAUAUACGACGAUGAGAUCACUUACAACCUCAUCACGGCUGCCGUGGAGAUACUGCAAAUACCAGCAGACGCUAUAUUGGAAUUAUUUGGCAAGACUUUCUUCGAGUUCUGCCAAGAUUCUGGAUAUGAUAAAAUAUUGCAAGUGUUGGGCGCCACACCUCGUGACUUUUUACAGAAUCUAGACGCGUUACAUGAUCACCUCGGUACCUUGUACCCAGGAAUGCGUUCACCAUCAUUCCGAUGCACGGAGAGACCAGAAGACGGGGCGUUGGUCCUCCAUUACUAUUCGGACAGACCUGGCUUGGAGCACAUUGUAAUUGGAAUUGUGAAGACCGUAGCCAGCAAGCUUCACAAUACAGAAGUGAAGGUGGAGGUCUUGAAAACCAAAGAGGAAUGUGACCAUGUUCAAUUCCUCAUCACGGAGACUUCUAAUACUGGACGAGUAUCCGCCCCUGAGAUUGCAGAGUUUGAAACUUUAUCUCUUGAGCCGAAAGUCAGUCCAGCUACAUUCUGCCGGGUGUUUCCAUUCCACCUGAUGUUUGACCGGGAGCUCAACAUCGUGCAAGCCGGACGUACUGUGUCCCGUCUCCUGCCAAGAGUCACAAGACCUGGUUGCAAAAUUACUGAUGUUUUGGAUACGGUUCGACCACAUUUAGAAAUGAAAUUCGAGAACAUAUUGGCACACAUCAAUACUGUGUAUGUCCUGAAGACGAAGCCAGAAGAAAUGAACAUUACUGAUCCACAUGAGGGAAUUGCUCCUCUUCGUCUCAAGGGACAAAUGUUGUACAUCCCAGAAACAGAUGUGGUCGUCUUCCAGUGCUACCCGAGUGUCACCAACCUUGAUGACUUGACCCGCCGCGGCCUCUGCAUCGCCGACAUUCCUCUGCACGACGCUACUCGUGACCUAGUUCUGAUGUCAGAGCAGUUCGAGGCCGACUACAAGCUCACCCAAAACUUGGAGGUGCUCACAGACAAACUGCAGCAGACCUUCAGGGAGUUGGACUCGGAGAAGCAGAAAACUGACAGACUUCUUUACUCGGUGCUACCUCGAAGUGUGGCCACAGAACUUCGCCACCGACGUCCUGUCCCUGCCCGGCGCUACGACCCUGUGACCCUCCUGUUUAGUGGCGUCGUCGGUUUUGCUAACUACUGUGCCAGGAAUACUGACCAUAAAGGCGCCAUGAAGAUUGUGAGGAUGCUUAACGAUCUGUACACCACGUUUGACGUUCUUACUGAUCAGAAGAGGAAUCCGAAUGUUUAUAAGGUGGAAACCGUGGGAGACAAGUAUAUGGCAGUUUCUGGACUUCCAGAAUACGAAGUGGCUCAUGCUAAGCACAUCUCGCUUCUUGCCCUUGAAAUGAUGGACAAUUCCAAGGAGAUCACUGUAGAUGGAGAACCUGUUGGCAUCACUAUCGGUAUUCACUCCGGCGAGGUAGUGACCGGUGUCAUCGGCCACCGCAUGCCGCGCUACUGCCUCUUCGGGAACACCGUCAACCUCACCAGUCGCUGCGAGACCACGGGCGUUCCAGGCACUAUAAAUGUCAGCGAGGAUACUUACAGCUACCUGAUGCGUGAAGAUAAUUACGACGAAUCAUUCAAACUGACCUACCGCGGCCACGUCUCCAUGAAGGGCAAGGCUGAGCCUAUGCAGACUUGGUUCCUUGAGAGGAAGAAAGUCUAAAAACCAUCAAAAUAUAAUUUACACCUAAAAUCUUAAAGAGGUAGUACACCCUAGAAAUAUUACUAAAGUUUUAGCUUCAUAUUACAAUUUUUUGGUGUGUUCGUGUAAAUUCGUACGUAAGUGUGACAGAGAGGCAACACGGCGAUAAAUAUUACACAUCGGCCUUUGGAAAGAGACAUGGCUAAUUUCGGCUUCAUAAAGCGUUGUCACAUACUCGUGUGAUUUGACAUAAAAAAGUCCAUAAAGUGCAGUAAAUAAAAAUCAUUUUGGCGACAAAGUACAGUCACCAGCCUGCGUAGCCAACAUGCCAAUCGUUAACGCUCCGUAGCGUAGCGUAGUCAUCUCUCAGUGACUGACUCGACAGUGACAGUUGCGUUUCGUUCGUUUCGGAGCGUUAACGAUUGGCAUGUCGGCUACGCGGGCUUUUCCGCCGCAUUAUUUAGAAGUAUAAUCACCGAAUCUUUAUUUCCUUAACCCCUAUGGAAAUAUAAGUUAAAAAAAAAAUCUUUAUUGCGUAAGACACACUUUGUUUAUAAUGUAAGGUGAUGGAGCCACCCGGUAAGCAAAAAUGCCUGUGUUGCAGUUAAGCUUAUUAUGAGAUUAAAAAAUUGGUGUAAGCUGCGGUGGGGUAAGGCGAACAUAGUUUAUUUUGCUCGGGGCAAGACGAACAGUAUAAGGAUACCAUAUAAGCGUUUGUCUUGUCCCGGUGAUAGUCUUACCCCAACUUAUCUUAGAUAAAUUGUUCUAGUCGGCUCGUAUUUAUUUUUGCUAAAUUACGUUUAUCUAAGAUUUCAAGCAGCAGGUAAAUGAGCGAAGUAGCUUUAAAACAAACAAUGCACAGAUAAACUUUACCAGCAAAAAACUUAGGUACUGCAACAAUGCCACAAUUGCAUUCAGAUUUCCUCAGUUUCCAUUGACUGGCAUUGUUCUAUUGAAGCAUAACAAUUUAAGUAUUUGAUGGGAAAAGUUUAGAAAAGAACAAAUAUUUUCAGAGAA